CUUUCUCAGUCGCCUCCUUCCAAUUUCAUGUUUGUUGCCACCCACCCGCCCUAUUUUAUAUUUUCCAUUUUGACUUUUUCUGCUCUUAAAUCUCACACGCCCUCUUCCCUUCCUCGUUGAUUCUAAGCUCCACGCCCAUGGCGUCUCGAGUCGAACCCCGCUUGGAGCCCUGGCAUUCCCUGCAUGGCAAAGUUGUCAUGGUCACCGGCGCUUCCUCCGGUAUCGGCCGAGACUUCUGUCUCGACCUCGCUAAAGCCGGCUGCAAGAUCAUUGCCCUCGCUCGCCGGGUCGAUCGCCUUCAGUCCCUCUGCGACCACAUCAAUCAGUCCAGCCCGUCCGAGGCCCAGGCGGUGGAACUCGACGUGUCUGCCGAUGGCCCCACCAUCGACAAGUCAGUGCAGAAGGCGUGGGACGCCUUUGGGCGUAUUGAUGCCUUAAUUAACAACGCCGGUGUGAGAGGAAACGUUAAAUCACCGUUGGAGUUAUCUGAGGAGGAAUGGAAUCAGGUUUUCAAAACAAACUUAACAGGAUGCUGGUUGGUGUCCAAAUCUGUAUGCAUACGCAUGCGUGAUGCACAGAUAAAAGGCUCAAUUAUCAAUAUUUCUUCAGUCGCUGGUUUAAACCGUGGGCAACUGCCUGGAGCUACUGCCUAUGCAACUUCAAAAGCUGGAGUAAACAUGCUGACAAAGGUGAUGGCCUUGGAGUUGGGGGAAUAUAAAAUCAGGGUGAAUUCAAUAUCGCCCGGACUUUUCAAAUCUGAAAUCACUGAAAAGUUAAUGGAAAAGGAUUGGCUGAAUAAGGUGGCUCAGAAAACAGUGCCCCUUGGAAGGUAUGGUACCGCAGAUCCAGCAUUAACUUCACUGGCGCGUUAUUUGAUUCAUGAGUCUUCUGAGUAUGUCUCGGGAAACAAUUUCAUUGUUGAUGCUGGAGCCACCUUGCCUGGUGUUCCAAUAUUUUCCUCUCUAUGAAAUAAUGCGACAUUCAUUCAACAAAAAGAGGUUAAAAUGACGCAGUAUGGAAUUGCUAGUGGCACUGAUCUAAGUAUCAAUUUCACAUACGUAAUAUGUUCUAGAGUCGCCAUCUCUCCGCUCCCCCCGCCCCCGGGGGGCUUCUCUCUCUCUCUCACACACACAUGCGCACACACUGCCAGUCACAUAUUUGUUUGUAGAAAAUGAUUUCAUUUUCUCGAAAUGAUCAAUUAAACAAAUACGUGAAGUUUACGAUCA